AUGGUGAGUACGCACCACACUCCAGAGAGGAACGGUGUCAGCAAUGAGGAGAUCCGCAGGAUGAUUCAUGAGGAGGUGGUGGCGGCCAUACGAGCUGAGAUAUCGGAGAUGUUUGGGUCAAUAAAGACCACGUUGAUCGAGACUUUUGAUGAGCGGUACACUGCUCUUACUGAUGCUACAGCCAUCACUGCUGCCAGGCCACAUGAGGGUGACUCGUUGCUGUACCGAGAGUUCAGCAACACGAAGCCAACAGAGUUUCAUGGGACUCAUGAUCUGAUAGCUGCGAUGAGAUGGUUCUCCGACAUUAAGGGAUGCUUCUACGCGAUUUCAUGUCCGCAGCAUCUGAGGGAUAUAUUUGAUUUGUGGUCAAUGUUCUUAUUGAUCAAAAUUGUUUGUCUCAAAGAAUUGAUCAAAGUUUUGAAAAAGAAAAUGAUUCCAGUCAGCAAAAGAGAUGAUAUAAAAGCCAUAGCUUCCAUCUCUACUGGAAAUAAUGAAUUUAUUGGAAUAAUUGCUGAAGCCAUUGAUAAAAUCGGUCAUGAUGGAAUAAUUUCUAUUGAAUCUUCUUCAUCAAGUGAAACUUCUAUGAUUGUUGAAGAAGGAAUGAAGAUCGACAAAGGAUACAUGUCUCCUCAUUUUGUCACAAAUCAGAACAAGUUGUCUGUGGAAUUUGAAAAUGCUAAAGUCCUGAUAACAGAUCAGAAGAUAUCAUCUGUGAAAGAAAUUGUCCCAUUGCUAGAAAAGUGUACUCAAUUAAGUGUCCCUUUGCUCAUUUUUGCUGAAGAUAUCUCAAUCUCAGUUCUUGAAACCCUAAUUGUUAACAAAAAUCAAGGUUUACUUAGGGUUGCUAUUGUGAAAUGUCCUGGUGUUGGGGAAAGAAAGAAAGCUUUACUUCAAGAUAUUGCCCUCAUGACAGGAGCUGAUUUUUUAUCUAGAGAUUUGGGUUUAUCUCUAGAAUAUGCAACCUCUGAUCAGCUUGGAAUUGCACAAAAAUUAACUAUAACAAGUAAUUACACAACUAUUGUAGCUGAUCCAUCCAUGAAAGCUGAAAUCAAAGCAAGAAUUUCACAAAUAAAGAAAGAUCUUUCUGAAACAGAUAGUUCUUAUCUUUCCAAAAAGCUCAGUGAACGAAUUGCAAAACUCUCUGGUGGUGUUGCCAUUAUCAAGGUCAGUUUAUUUAUUAAUUAUGACUAAA